GCACGGUCUUCUCUUCUGUUGGCUCUUUUUGUUCUUCGCCAGGUUUCUACUUCAUUCCCAACAUAAAGAUGCUUCCUCUUUCUCUACUAAAAACAGCUCAGGACCUUCCUAUGCUGGUGGAGCUCAAAAAAUGGGGAGACCUAUAAUGAACAUCCAUCUUCGUGAAGUUAUUUGUACUUCGAAGGAUAGAGACAGGUUUUGGCGAAUGCCUGAAUGUUAUAUCCGUGGAAAUACGAUCAAGUAUCUUCGACUUCGAGUUCCUGAUGAGGAUAUUGAUAAAGUUCAGGAAGAAACAAAGAGCCGUGCAGAUAGGAAGCCUCCUGGUGUAGGCCGUGGAAGAGGUAGAGGUGGAAGAGAAGAUGGUCCUGGUGGAAGGCAACCUAAAGGAGUUGGGCGUGGGUUAGAUGAUGGUCCUAAGGGUGCAGCUGGAGGCAGAGGCAGGGAUGGUCCAGGUGGAAAGACUACUGGAAGCAGAGGUGGUGUCAGGUCGAGGUCGAUGCUGAUUGUUUUAGGGUGACUUCGCUGUUGUCUGAAGCACAACUAAGAGCUGAGUUCAUCUGGUGGGUUAAUUCUAAGAGAGUGGUCGCAUUAAGUGC